AGCCACUACUAUUGGCUCUAAUCUCUGAUGGAGGGGGCGUUGCUGUGGUGGGGACGGUUGUUGCGAAUUGGAUUUGAUGAUUUGGCUCCGAACAGGCUUGUCAGAAAUCGGCCGCUGCAACAUCACUUACACAAGAAAAGCCACGUCCGUAUGCACAGUGCCACACUGAUUGGCUUUUACUUAGUGUGUGCACACCCUAUCGUCAUUGUUCGACGUUGCAACAGCCGAUUUUUGACAAAUGUGCUUCGAUGUCUCAUAUGACGAACACCCGGAGGAACGGCGCCGGUGUCAGUACGGAGAGUCAUGACUUUCCCACGGGACAAUCGAUAGUUCGAUCCUCGGGUCGUUAAUUCGAUCGAAGCGAUGAGGAAUCUGCACCACGCUGGUGCGGUCAGUUCCUGGCUUGCCACGAGGCUGUUAUUUCUGUAAUACUUUAGCACGAUGAAUCCCGGCUAAGUGUACAUCGUAUCUGCUUUCUGCGUGCUCGAAAUGUUUGCGCGUGAGGCAACGAUGAGCUCUGUCGAGCGGUUGGUCUAAAAGGGUUCAGCUAUGGCUGAAGGUGGCACGGAGCCAAAGUCUAUUGACGGUCAGAUUCCAAGAGGUCAGUUAGAGAUAAACGAAUGCCUCGGUAACUGGUUGAUGUACUUACAGACACUUAAUGGCCUAUGUACAGCUGGUACUAAACUAGCCCAAUCCCUACAAGCGCUUCUCUCCGUGCACGACACAGUAGCACAAUGCCGUCUGACAGGCCAAUGUCUGGCUGGAUGGGAAGAAUUGGCGAGAGCUACACACAUAGCCAGUAACACUGUUAAAAAUCAUGUUAUCACUGCUCUGAGAGAUCAUGAGUCUCGCGACAAUGAUGGGGACAAGCAUGAUAUUCUUAGAGAAAAUCUCUUGACAUUCAUAAACUUACAAUAUCAGUUCUGCGUCGCUUGUUGCGAGUGCUUGGGUGGCAUGGCAGAGUGCUCCUGCUCUCAAAGCGGUAGCGGUGAUUGCGACAUCGCUGCGCUUCAGCAAUGCUUCGAGCGUCUUUACAGCUCGCCGGUGCCGCCAAUUUCCUCCUCGUCCACCCAGCAAUCCACGCAGAACUAUCGAAGAUCCCCUCUGCCGUAUUCGUUGUUCCCUCUGCAGGUUCAGAGGAGAUGGUCGGAAACGGCGGCGGCGGAAAUGUCGGGCGAGUCCGCCGAGAGCACGAUGAGACGCUGGUCGAUGCCCUGGGACUGCAAGCACGUUAUAGAGUGGCCACGGCAGGACGCGAGGUCACGGUUAAGGGUACCCCAGCAGGAUCGCAGUAGAUCGACCACGCCCGACUCUGUGUGGAAAACAUCAAUGGCUAGUCAGGACGGUCUCCAGGAAGCCAUUCAACUGUUGUCUUGCAAGCCAGGAGUUCGACCGUCCAAUCAACUCUCGGCUUACACUAGUCAGCAUAUCCCGGGCGUCACUUUGACGACCUGCAAUUUCGACUCGAAUUACGACUCCGCCAUUUGGUCUGGAUCGCGUAGGAUAGGUUCACCUAGGUGUUGGCCCCAGGACUCCAGCGAUCAUUCCGAUCAAUCCGGGCACCGUGAUAGCGAUCAUAGCGUUCACAGCGAGCAUAGAGAUUCAGAACAGAGCGGUGCCAGCGGUAGUCACGGCGACAGCAAGGACAGCAUUCACUCCCAUUGUGAUCAUAGAGAAACCGAAACCGGUACAGCGGACACACUGCCGUCUCGCAAAAGCAGCUCAUCGACUGACUCCUGCGUCUCUGCGCACAGCCGAUCAGGUUCAGAAAGCGCGGGUGGCGGGGAGUGCACGAGAUCGCAAUUGUACUCGAUGUGGAGUGGCGGCGAUCUAUCCUUCAUCAAGUUGCCGGAGAGUAAUGAGAUACAAGAUGAACAUCCACCUACUUAAAUACCCGACACUUUUAUUUUCACAUUUGAAAUGUAUCCAAAAACAUAAUUCAACCUUUGGAUUACUGAACCAUGAAUUACUGAACGAAGCAACUUCUAAGGAGUAUUUUUAAAUAAAUACAAUACCCAUGCACUAGAAAUUUGCGAACUAUUCGAAUUCGAGUCGAAUUGAAUCAGAUAAGUUCUUAUUCGAAUUUAAAUCUUUGUGAUUGGAUUCUAAAUGAUUCAGAAAUUUUGAAUUUAAAAAUUUCGAAUAUAAACAACAUAUAUUGAUGAUUUCAUAAAAUCAUAUUUAAACUUACUUUAUAUCAUACCAUCGAUAUUAUGUUUAUGUAGUAUGGAAAUAUUUAUUAUCUAUAUAUUAAAAUUUAACCUAUCAUACACAGUGAUUAUGCUGUUAAUUAAAAUUAUGUUUCAAUGAUUUUAUUUAAUUCAUUAAUUCAUUUCGGGUAAAAUUUUUUUAUUUAAUUCGAUUGGAAUUUAAACAAAAAAUUUUUUUAAUUUGUUCCAGUUCGACGUUAAAAAGACUUUCAUUCGCAUAUCUCUACUAUGCAUCUUUAGAAAAUAAAAUAAAUUUGAAAUCAUUUUUUAGAAACGAAGUCUCGGAACCUUGCAUAAAAAUGAUUUUUUAUUCUACAUGUUAUUUUUUUCACAAGAUAUAUAUGUUUGAAAAGAUUUUUCGAAGAGAGAUUUGAAUGGUCCAGUGAUUCAAAAAAUAAAUCGUUACCGCAACGUUAAGACUUGUUGACCCGAAAAUUUACUUGCGAUUAAUUUUAUUUGUGAUGUAUACAUGUUUGGUAUAUUUGUGACGGCGCGAGUUAGUACGUGCAUUGAGUGUGCAACUAACGAUAAAAAAAUAUAUAAAGAACGUUAUACAAGUUGCCCACUUCGUAAUAUUUAUGGUAUGUACGACAUGCGCCAUGAAGUAUGCAGAGCUUCUAACACUAGAACUACCGAUUAAUGUCAAUUACUUAAGUAUACUAUGCACGUAAUUUUUGGGAGAAAGGGACGAAGAGAGAAAGAAAAUUUGAUCAAUUUAAUCAUCUGCAUGUUACAAUUACAGUCACAAAAAAUCUACAAAUGUUAUAAAUUUGAGUGAUUUAAAAAAAAUUACGAAUCAGUUAUAUUAUUAAUUAUAUUAUAUUAUUUAACUCUUACUUUGGUAAUUCUAGUAUUAAAAGUUCUAUCAUAUUUAAAGAAUUUAUAUUAACUUAUUAAAUAUUAUGAAGUGUGCAGCUACGUCUCUGCGUUUAGAAAAUGGACGUUCUGUAUGUUGUUAAAACUCGUAUAUACAGAUGUACGCAUGAUCCAAUUGAGGAGUAUCGUUUCGCUCGCUUACGAAGAUUACUCUUCGUUCUUGAACUCCCAACUCGAUACCAAAAAAAUGCACGCGCAUGCGAUCGUUAUUCCCGCGCUCCGUCGCGCGUCUCGGACAGCGCGAACCUCAAGAGUGUUUUCGCACACGUAUCUCGUUAAAUAUCAUUAUCCAAAUCGAUCCCGAAGCAUAUCACAUUCCACUCGUAGAGACGCGCAUAGAGGGAAAAAAACAAAAAGGCAUGACCAAAACAAAUAUUAUUUAAUCUACCAAUGUUACUAAUAUAUUACUAUCCAAUUAAUAUUUAACGGUUAAAGCUGAAAUAUACAUGUAAAUCAUAAAAUAUAAAAAAAUUACUUACGACAUGAAUCAAAUUAAAUACUAAUAAAAAUUGCCUGAUCUCCAAAAGUUGCAAAUGAAAUUUAAAAAUCUAAAAGAUAAUAAAAUAUUUUAUUUGAAAAUCAUGAAACUCUUCAAGAAUAUUCUUAAAUUUAAACCUUUUAAAGUUUUUUUUUUAAUCUUAAGUAUUUUGAAAGCUUAAAAUCAACAAUACUCUCGAACUUUAUACAACAAAUUAAUUAAUCAAUUAAUAAUACGUUGCAACAUUAGUUUUGACUAUGGUUUUUUAUUUCUUUCCCCCUUUGUGAGACGACGCGUCUUAUCUCGCCCCAAUCGCGUUGCUGGCGUGUAUAUUAAAACUGCCCUAUAUUAGAGAUACGCAGUGCUCUACCGCUUGUAAAUUUUCGAACGCCUCAUACAUGUCCAAUAUUACAUAAAUAAAAUUCGAUAUAUCUGCAUAUUCAAUAUAUAUAUUACAUAAAUAAAAGUCUAAUAAAAUAGAAUCGUUAACCUAUCUCUGCGAUUACUUACUUUAAAUGUUUUUUCAUAUAUUUUCGAAGAUGUUAAUUUAUCAUUCCUUUUUUACGUGCUUAUUUUACAAGCAUUAAAUAGCCUUUACAUGUAAAAUAUAAAAAAAGAUAUAAAAAACAUCCUGAAACGAGAUAAGAGAUUAAACUUUAUCAUACGGAAGUGUGUUGAAACUUUCCACGGGCGUUCAGCAUGUCCGCAUUUCACAAAAUGUCCGGAAAUUUAUCAGCGGUAUUGUAACGUUCAGAGAAUAUUCUUUCCCAGAGAAAUUUCGAGAGGGAUCCCGCAUGUGUAAAGCGAUCUCUCUCUCUCUGUUUCUAACUCUCUCUCUCUCUCUGUCCGAUCGAGAGCGAUUUGUUGUAUGUACAAUUUUAUGGCACGGACGUGAUAAUAAAGAUUUUCGAUGUUGUACAAA